GGACCUGCCUGGUGUGUUCCUUGUUCUUCAUGAUGCUCUCUGCGCUUUUAACGGACCUCUGAGACUAUCACAGUGCAGGUGCAUUUAUACGGAGACUUGAUUACACACAGGUGGAUUGUAUUUAUCAUCAUUAGUCAUUUAGGUCAACAUUGGAUCAUUCAGAGAUCCUCACUGAACUUCUGGAGAGAGUUUGCUGCACUGAAAGUAAAGGGGCUGAAUCAUUUUGCACGCCCAAUUUUUCAGUUUUUGAUUUGUUAAAGAAGUUUGAAAUAUCCAAUAAAUGUCGUUCCACUUCAUGAUUGUGUCCCACUUGUUGUUGAUUCUUCACAAAAAAAUACAGUUUUAUGUCUUUAUGUUUGAAGCCUGAAAUGUGGCAAAAGGUCGCAAAGUUCAAGGGGGCCGAAUACUUUCGCAAGGCACUGUACACUCCCUACCAAGCAUAUACACACCCGACCAUAUACUCACCCUAUCAAGCAUAUACACCCCCUACCAUAUAUACUCCCUACCAAGCAAAUACCCUCCCUACCAAAUUACCAGGUCAGAGGCUAUUUGCAUUCAUACGAUGCCUUAAUAAGACUGGGCCCCUGCUGUUCUCUCUAAAAAUAAAAUAAACAUCUUUGCAGUUCAUUUGAUCUUCCAUCACAAACGUCUAAAAAUAUACACCCAGUCGCAUCUGCAGCCGACCAAUAUUUGAGCUGCAGCCUACACAGACAACCUGGCUCAGUUUAGCGUUCCAUGGCAUUCAUUAAUUCAUUUGUCAUUCAUUCAUUCCCAUGAUUUUGGAUGAGAGAGGAUGCUAAUUGUUUCAUAACAUCACCAUCUCCAUCCACAGCACCAGACUCUUAUCAAGUGACAAGGCUGUAUGCGUUUCUCCCAGUCUCCACAUCUUAGGGAGAAAUGGAAACAACCUGUCACUGCCACAUAUACCUCCUGUAAACAGGACCCACUGGGCACAGACAUCAGUUCAAUGUUUAGUUUUGAUUUACAUUUGAUUGAGUUGUCAAGUAACCUGAAUUCAACAUGAAAUCAAUAAAAAAAUGUCACCAUGUCAUUGGAUUUAGGUUAAAAUGCCCUUUUGUUGAUGACUUUUUACAAAUCCAAUACGUUUUCCAUGUUGACUCAAUGUCAUCACAUCGAUUUUUUUGGGGUUGAAAUGACAUGGAAACAACGUUCAUUCAACCCAUUUUUGGCAAGUGGAGAAUGACGUUGAUUGGAGUUCUGUACUAUAGUCCUUUGCUGCGCCUGCUCUUGAACAGUAGUUCUGUGAUGGUUGAGACAGGGAUAUUACAUUGUGGAUGCACAUGCAGCUGAGGUAGAUUGAUUGGCAACCUUGUCAGUAAAGUUAUUGAUGCCUAGAUAGAGUUGGUCUGAAUGGCAUCCUAAUGUGACUGAUGUCAUGUCUUCCUAUAACGUGACUGACGGAUGACGUCAUGCGGUGACUAAGCCCUGGCCAGUUGUCUUCCAUCCAGGUCCCAGGGUGGUGUUUCCUGGCUGUAUGAGGAGGAGGCAUGGCUUGCUGAGAUGUCGUGGACGAUCACAUCACUCUGCUCGACGUGCUGCUGCUGCUGUGCGGGCCUGGCUCCUCCAGCUGCACCACUGCAUCACUGAUGGUGCCAUGAUCCAGCUCUAACUGUGGGUAAUGACGAGACAUAAAACCAAUCCUGGAGAUGCCGAAGAGAAGAGACAUUCUUGCCAUCGUGUUGAUAGUGUUACCGUGGACUCUGCUCAUCACCGUUUGGCACCAAAGUGCAAUCGCUCCGCUGCUCUCCAUCCGCAAGGAUGACGGAGCCGAUGGAGGACGGAGGGACGUGGGCCAGGCCAGCGACUCUAAGGAGUACUGCUCCUCUGAUAAGGACAUAGUGGAGGUGGUGAGGACGGAGUACGUGUACACACGGCCGCCACCAUGGUCCGACGUGCUGCCCACCAUCCACAUCAUCACCCCAACCUACAGCCGCCCGGUCCAGAAAGCAGAGCUGACGCGGCUGGCCAACACCUUCCUCCACGUGGCCAACCUGCACUGGAUCCUGGUGGAGGACUCUCAGAGAAGGACCCCGCUGGUCACACGCAUGCUCAGGGAAACGGGCCUCAACUACACCCACUUGAACGUGGAGACUCCCAGGAACUAUAAGCUGCGUGGGGACACGCGGGACCCCAGGAUCCCCCGGGGCACCAUGCAGAGGAACCUGGCGCUGCGCUGGCUCAGAGAGACCUUCAAUUCCAACAGCAGCCAGGCGGGCAUUGUCUACUUCGCUGAUGACGACAACACUUAUAGCCUGGAGCUAUUUGAGGAGAUGAGGUCAACAAGGAAGGUAUCUGUAUGGCCCGUGGCCUUCGUUGGUGGUCUGCGCUACGAGUCGCCCAAGGUCAACGCAGCGGGCAAGGUGUACGGCUGGAAGACUGUAUUCGACCCUCACCGGCCCUUUGCCAUCGACAUGGCAGGCUUCGCCAUAAACCUGCGGCUCAUCCUCUUCAAGCCCCAGGCCUACUUCAAGCUGCGGGGAGUGAAGGGAGGCUACCAGGAGAGCAGCCUGCUCCGAGAGCUGGUCACACUCAAUGACCUGGAGCCCAAAGCUGCUAAUUGCACUAAGAUUCUCGUUUGGCACACUAGGACAGAAAAACCUGUCCUUGUAAAUGAGGGGAAAAAAGGAUUUACAGACCCCAACGUGGAGAUUUGACGUUGUCUCCUCGGGCAGUGGUGGUUGUCUAAUAUGGACCAUGAGAAGAAAAAGAGGCCAUCUCCCAGUGCAAACAGUGUUCAUGUCUUAAUCAUCUCAGAAAAGACUGCCUCGGGAGCAAAAUCCUAAUCCCCUUGACUGAGACUAAACACUUUUAAUAUUGAGAUUAAAACAGUACAAAUGUAUCAUAUUAAAGCACAGAUUAGUUCAAGAUGGCAAUAUUUAUCAGGUUAAUUGUUGCUAGCAGCACCAACAUCAAGCAGACGGUGAGACCUGAGUCAUUAAGGAUCAACGGGAGAUGCUUUCGGAACCUGCAUGGUACCAUACUGCGUCUGUAGUGUCCUAACACGAGACAGCACAACACAAACAUUGCAGGGAGAGAGGGAGUUAGGCAGCCAAUGAGAUGGAACAUUACUGGCCUGAACAGGCUAAUGAGAUUUCCAUUGUCUUUCCCUCUAUAGACGUGGAUCUACAGGGCAGGGGAUGAGAUCCUGAGAUCUUAGUAGGGUCUGUAAGAGACUGGAGGAUCUGAUUGAACACUGAGCCCCUGGACACCUUUAAUAGACAUGUACUGAAAUGUCCUCCACGUCUUCAGACCGAACAAUAAUGGAGAAUCCGAACAAGUCAUCUCUCAGAAGAUCAAUUCUACUUUCAGCAAACACUGAAAUUUCAAAAGGGAAGGAAUGUCCUUUUUGUAUAACUAAAACUGUCUGCUUUUAUUUAAUUUGUUUGUUUUUGGUGUUUAAAUACAUUUUCUUGCUAGUUCAAUACUAUUGACUUGACUCUUGCCUCCAUUUUGAAAGCUAAAGAUGUGGCACCAUCCAUUUUCAGUGUCAUUCUCAGACAUGUAAUUCAGUGUGUACUGAAGCUAUUCACUUGAAAUAACUGACAUCAAGAUGGGCUCCUAAUGCCUGGGAGGCACACAAUAUUACAGGUCAACGUCCCAAAACUUAAUUUAACACUUAAAAGCACCAGUGACUGUGUUCCUAAGUGGCAACACGUGUACAUACUAAUUUAACACAGGAACAAUUAGAGGACUCAUUGUAAGGUCCUCUUAGAUCAAAUGUAACAACUGUAUUUAUAUCAAUGUAAAAAUCUAAACUAAGAAUUGACUUAGGCAUUGCCAAUAACACCUCACUGUAUGACAACUGGCAUAGCACAUGUUCUCUCCUGUUUUUCCAUCACAUGACAUGGACAGUAUAACGGCACAUCACCAAGUUGGGUUAAACCUAACGUAACCAUGUUACAGUAUUCACAUUACCCAAUGAUGAGCACUUUGGCAGAUGGCCAUAUAGUAUGCUGGUUUAUAAAACCACAGUAGCUAACUAAUAGAGUAGGACAAAAUGAAGCAAUUGACAUUAUCCAAGCUAAAGGCACUGACAGUACAAGUCGAGAUAUACAGUAAAAUCUGCAUAAAUAUCCAGGUUCACAGUGCGUAUUGCCUACGUAAGUUAGAUAUUUGUGCUACAUCUAUAAGCCCAGUGCAGUGUAGAAAUGUUGCUGAAUACUUAACCUCCGUUUCAUCAGAGGUAGACAGAAUCAUGCUAAAAUGUUUCCAAAAAACAUCCGUCAUUCAUUAAUGGGUCUAUGAACUGUAGGCGAUUAAGAAGACAAAUCAAAUAUAAAAAAACAUGAAAACUAGAAGAAGAUCCUCUGCUUUGGACAACUACUAGCAAGAUACCUCAUGCUAGAACCCCGGUCUGCAACACCAUUCUAUCCAUGAAUUCUCGAUCCUAGUUUCUUGCCCUGACAAAACUGUACCAUAUACGGGUUGAAGUUAGGUUUGUGACAAUUCUUGGCAAUAGCAGGCAAAACUUAAUGACAAGCACAAUUGAAUUUAAUCAUGCUCAGCUACACCUUCAGCUACAGUAUUAAGAUUUCAUGUCCAUUUCAAUUUCUUCAUUGAUCCUUCAGUUAUACCUGAAAUGUAGGGGAAAACACUAAUGGCAAACUAUGAAAAAGGAAUAUUAAUGACCAGGAUAGUUACGGCCUAUUAACUUAUCCAAAGUAGUAUGAGAUCAGAUACGCUUUUCCCAUCAGGUACUGUUCCCCAAUCAGAUAUGGCUCCCCACAAAAAUAUGCUCCCCCAUCAGGUCAAGUGGACAUACCAACAUGGAAUUUCUGAUCAUUUCUAUUCAAUAGUAUUGUUUCAUUAAGGAAGUCAAACCGAAUGUUUUGAGAUCAAACAAUGUGCGUGGCUGUUAACGUUCAUGUUGACCUCAUCUUUAGGCUUUGGAUUGCACAGCAGUACCAUGAAGAUCAUUAGGAAAUAAUCAAUGUCUUCUGAUCUGUUUCCAUUCUCCAAAAUGUGAAGUGAAGUCUGUCUAUUUAUGUGAAAAUCUAAAUUAAUAUAUUUAUUUAUGUAUUUAUUUGAAGUAUGAAUGUCCUCUUGUCAAAUUGAAUUAUAAUUGAACAUUUCUUUGUCCAUGUUUGCCCCCACCCUCUUUUCUCAUCGCUGCCUCUCAGCCACUGAGGUUCAGAAACCACACACAGACAAGCUCGUGGGCAACACCAAACAACUGAGACACAACAUUUCAUUAUUUACCAUUAAUUCUGUAUUGCUCUGACUUCAAUUGCCAUCAAUAGCCUUCAUUUUCAAUAACUUUCUUAGAAUUGAUUGUGUUCAUUCAUGUUCGUGUGAUUUUAGGAAAAAUGUUUGGGCCUGUCUAGAGAGCCCAGCAGAGAUGAACCCAGAAAACACUAAGACAUGAGUUAUACAUAAUGAAAGUGCAAUUUCAUAUUUAAUGGAGCUUGCGCCUACACUGUUGUAAUCACAUGAAUAAUCAUAAGUUAGCUGUAGUACUCUGACGGUACAAAACUCAAACUUCUCCUUCCAUUUCUGGCUUUCUCACACUCACAGUUCGAUCAACGAGCGAUACUGUUCUGACCAUCAGAAACGGCUUUAAUGUAAUGGAACAGCCUUAUCCAGUGUUUAGCUUCGUAGUGGUACAUACAUAAUGUAACAAAGGUGAUGGCUCAUACUAGGGCAAAUCACUAUUUCCUCCCCUUCCUUUACCUACUUUGAUCCACAGUCAUCUUCCAUCCUUGUGUGAAUCACUUCUUCUGCAUGUAACUCUAAAGGUUGUUCAUUUCUCCUCAAGACUCCAUCUCAGAGAUACCAUAUGGCAUUUAUCAAGAAAAAUAAACAACUGAAAAGUGAA